AUGUCCAGUUGCGCCAAGGUGAACAUGGCGUUGAAGCGCUUCGGGCGUCCGGGAGACACGAGGGAGGACGUGAUCUCGCGCUGUGGAUGCGAGCCCCCUUACUGUGCCACGUGCCCACUGCGAGGGAAGAUCCACCUGACGACGAGGACGAUGCUCCUGUACAAGGACCUGACGGGGAGGAGGAUUAAUGUCACCACAGCGAUGAGGUCGGGGAUCAAUGAAACAGCGUUCCCUGGACUUUCUCUCCUUGCCUAUCACUGCGAUCAAGCGAGAGGGCAUCAAGCUCAGCUCGACUACCUGCUGUGCAGGUACGUGGAGGAUGGUCACCAAGACUUCAUUGCAAAGCUGAUUCAGCUGGGAGCCAACGUUCACCAGCGCGAUGCAAAUGAGAUGACUUUGCUUCACGAAGCCGCUUGCCAGGGCCACACUGAAGUGGUGGAGCUGCUUCUUGACCUGAACCUGGAUUGUUAUGCCGUUGAUGAGUAUAAGAGGACGCCGUUACAUUGGGCAGCUUUCUUUGGGCAUCUUGCGGUGAUCAUCGCUAUGUUCAAACAUCCCAACGGUAUCAAACCAUCCGAGCACGUGAAGAUGAUCUACAAGGAAGACGACGAGAGGGACAGUGCUUUCAGCCUCGCGAUAAUCGCAGGAAGACCUGCGUGCUAUAGUUUCUUCUCUCGAGUCAAAGACAAAGGCUUCGACGAAGCUGAGCGACUGGCGCAGGACGAUCUCGAGUACCUCAAGACUUGCCCGAGGGAAAUGGAGCAGCUGAUGAAACUGCACGAGGCCAUCCAGCAAGAAAAUCUCAAGGAGGAAUUGGAAGACCAGAAGGAGGAGGAGGAACGUUCGGAUAGGGGAAUUCCUAACUUGAACUUCAACAAGACCCAGCGAUGCGUCGUCGGAGUCGGGAAUCACACCAUUGUCAACGAGCUGCCCUGGGGGCCAGGGACUGAUAACCCCACGCCUUGGGUUUGCUGGUUCUGUGAAUCGGAGUUUGGAAGGUGCGCAGAAGCUAUCGAGCACGAGCUCCAGUGCUGUCACGAUUACGGAUUUAUGUAUGACCCAGAACGGGGUUGGUUGAAGAACGAGAGCGAUCAGAUUGUGAAGCUGGGAAUCAAAGGGCUGGACUCCAGGAUCCUUGCCAAUGACAGGGAGACCAUGGACAUCGAGGACAUGGCGGAAGGGAUAUAUAACAACUUUAUCUUGAAGGAGAAGUCGAAAAGAUCUGAGCAGACCCUGCCCCCCCACUGGUCCAAGGCCCUAAGGAACUUCCACAGUAGGGCCCAGACUGAGCCGCAGAAGCUGGCGGAGGAGAUGAAGAAGAUGUUCUUGUGCUCCUCGGGCCUUUUGAGACCCUUCGACUUCAAUCAGACUGAGUAUCCCGUCGGAAUCGCCACCAAAACAAGGUAUGAGCAGCUGCCCCCGUAUCUGCGGGACAAGGAGAAAUAUGCUCAGUUCAUGGUGGGAGAGGACGUCAAGCCUCCGCAGUUGGAGAGCCAUGCAGAGGAAGGGAUGCGGCUGCUUUCAGACCUCUCCCCCAAGGAAAAGGCAGCGCUGGGGAUUGAGCAGAGCGGCGCCACGUCGCAGACGAGCUCCUUGCUGAGGAGGAAGAAGAUCAAUGCGAUGAAUAAGGACGACCUUAUCGAUGCGCUCGAUCGAUACGGCUUCGGGGACUACUCUGUCAAGAACACUAUUGCGCUCAAACAGCUCCUUAUUGAUGUCGAGACCGAGCUGGGGCUGAUUCUUCCUCCCCCUGACUGGAACCAGAAGAAGAGAAGGUUGAUGCAGAUAGAUCAGAGAUUUCUGCGGAAGAAAAUGGCCAUGGCAGUGGAGACUGUGGAGGAGACCCCAGCUGCAGUUGACAAGAACGUCAAGAAGAACGAGGAGGGCGAGGACCAGGACAUGUUGGAUGAGGUGGACAAGACAUGUUGGAUGAUGGAUGACGAAGACAAUGAUGCAGGUGAUACGAGCGAUGGGAUGAAGCAGCUGAUGAAGGCGAUGGGGCUGCAAAGCCUGUGGGGCUGCACCGCUCUCGCUCUAGUGGUUGUUAGCUUUGUUUCGGGCUGCUUCCUCCUGCUAACAUUCACUUCGAUCCUCUGGCUCCCGGUGUUGCUGUUCACGGCUGCCUCCCAGUUGUUGGUCUUGACCUCCAAGGUUUUGUUCAGGAUUGGAGAUCGAGGGAUUUUGAACCUUGCGCGGAAGACUAGUGCGGCCGUUUCCGGUUUCUUCUCGGCGGCCGAAGAAACUCUUUUUGAGCAGACAAUAGCCAUGGAGAGGCACCAGUACACAGAUGUUAUGAGGGACCCUGGGUUUCUGCGAGCAAUCUUCGACACUAUGCCUGGUGUAGACUCCGAGUCUGCGCUGGCGAGGAUGGAAGCUCUGUCCAAGUGGAGACACAGCCAUGAAGACCUGAGCGUGCUUGAGGGAGCAAAUGCUCCCGAUCGUCAGCGCGAGGGCGUCGGUGACCUUGAAUUUUCUCUGAGCAACUCAACGAAAAGCUCGAUCAAGAAAUUGUCCAGUCUUGGACUGUUUGAACAGAUACCAGUGAUUGAUACAAACUGCGAAGAGGGAGUGAGGUGGCUGGUCGACCAUCCGAAUGGCAGGGCCAUCAAGGUGUACAGGAAAUCACUGAAUAGAUAUCUUGAUGCCUUCACUCACGUCGCCUUUGAUUUUUGGAAUUGA